UUCCUUGAGAUUGUACUAACAUCUGCCUCUUUCCUAUUCUUUUUUCCAUCUUUAAGUAAUUAUUUACUUUUUCUUGACUUGAUUAUUUACAAGGAAUAGAUUUAUUACAAACUCAUGGCUCUUUUUUGAAAUGUAUUUUUUACUUUGGACUGAAUAAUCCUUCUUCAUUGGCGAUCAGAGUUUCUGGAAGAGCAAUUCACUUUAAGAGUGGUGAUUUUUCAGAUUUUAUUUGGCUGUUUCUUCCCCAAAUGAGUGCUUGGAACUGUCGUUGUGCAGCAAAAGCACCUUGUGUUUUUCUCAUGUGUUGGAUUUUAUUAUUCUUUUACGGGUCCUUUUCUUAGUUUGUGAUUUUAAAAGAAGCAACGUUACUGUUUUCUCCGCAGUGUACUAUUUCUAUUACAACAGCACAUUUAUGUGUAAAAUGUGUUUGCAGAUUGUUGUGUUUGCACCUGAACAGACAGACAGCUGUAUGUUGGAACGCUUGUGUCGCCUAGUUUAUUGAAAUGAAAUAAAAAAGCUGUAAUUUUGAGCAUCAACAAGCUGCUCGAAAUGCACUUUUUUGUAUAAGUGAUAGCAGUACAAGGCCUCGCUGAGUGGAGUUGUCAUGUGUGUCAUGGUUUGUUGCUUGUAUACUGCUCUGAAAAUGAAUUCUCCCCGGGGACAAUACAUCUAAAUCUAAUCUAAAGCGAUGUAAGCUUUUGUUUACUUUUCACUUGGGUUUUUACAGCCAUCAGGGGAAAAUAAACAGUUUGCUAUAGUUGGACCAGAGCUAGGAAAUUAAAGCCUGAUGUCUUGUCAGGCUUUAAUCUAUGUACAUCACUUAUGUUCAAUUAUUCUAUUCAGCAUAUCAGUCUACAAUCGCAGUAAGCAAUACAUCAACUUUAACUGUGUAUUCUACAUUAGGCUCAACUGUCUGUCUACUGUCUGUUUCGAUGUGAUAGGACAGUGAGGAAGAAAGAAAAGUGAAUCAGACAUGUUUCGAAAUACUGCUCUUCCUUGCCACAAUGCUGCUGAUGUUCGGCAUGUUUUAGCAUGCGGCGCUGCACUGUUGGCUACAGGCUUUGAUGUGAAUAUUUUAGAGGCUGAGUCAGGGUGGCAACCAUCCUGUAGUUGUGGAAACGGGUGAUGUUCCAUUGGUAAACAAACAAUUCUGCUGUGUAUCUGGGUUUACAGACCUGAAGGUUAUCUUCAACUUUGAUGCGAUUAGAAAUCAAACGAUCCGUCCUCCACUCACCUGUCAUCUGAAUCAAAUGACAGGUGAGAGAAACAAAUUACCAGCACGGUAUUUUGUAAAUGGAAGUGCUUUUAACAAUUUCCUUCAAGGGGACUUUUUUUUUCACAGAUAUUCCUGGAAAUGUAACAAGACUCAUGCAAUGGCAGACCAUACGUGUAAAAAUAUCAGGGACAAGUAAAGUGUUAAAAUGGUUACAGGUUGCUAAAAAAAAAUCAGGUUUAUAAAAGACGUCUGAUAUCAGGAUUUUGUCUCAAACCUUUUAGAAGCAGCAGGAGAUAAAAUAUCAUAAAAAAAUAUAUUGAUCAAGUUUAAUAUGAUGUUGUGUGCAGAUUUCUUCUCAUUAGACGUGAUCAGUGUUGAAAGUGGUCCAAAACUUCUUCCAUCAUGUCCAACGUCAGCCUAUCCCACUUGAAGUUCCCUCAAAAUGCCACAGACAACAACCCGGAGGAUGACAGCGUGGUGAGCAAUGACAUCUCCACGUCCCUGGGGGCCCUCAUCCUCAGCCUGGUCUUCCUCCUGGGCGUCCCCGGAAACGUCUUCAUCGUCUGGAGCAUCCUGGCUCGCAUCAAACACCGCUCAGUCACCACCCUCCUCAUCCUCAACCUGGCGUGUGCAGACGGCUUCCUCAUGGCCCUCACCAUUUUCUUCAUCAUCUACCUGACCAAGCAGACGUGGGUGUUUGGCGAUGCCAUGUGCAAAGGCCUGUUCUACCUGUGCAACGCCAACAUGUACGCCUCCAUCUUCCUCAUCACGUUGAUGAGCGUGCACAGGAUGGUGGCCGUGGUGAUGCCGAGGGGCCUCUUCACCAUGGUGAGCAAGAAGGUCGUGAGGAGGGUGAUCGUAGGCACGUGGAUGUUGGUGAUGCUCAUUUCUAUCCCCUCGCUGGUGUUUCGAGACGUAAGAGUGGACCAUGAUGAGAGGAGCAGAACAAGACUGGUGUGUGCUCCCAAUCACACAAUGUCAACACAUGUGAGGUUUCAGUAUGCCUUUGAGACGGUGUCGGGAUUUAUUCUGCCCUACGCAGUCAUCAUAACGAGCUACGUCCUCAUCCUGAGGCGCCUCCGGCAGACCAAGUUCCGCAGAACGGUCCGCAGCGAGAAGCUCAUCCUGGCCAUCGUGGUGAUGUUUGGCAUCUUCUGGCUGCCGUACCACGUCAUCAACAUGCUGCAGGUGGUAGCUGAGUGGUACAAGCCUGAUACAAAAAUAAGACAAACAUUGGAUUACAUCACUCAGUCCAGUCGUGCAGUGACUUCGGCUCUGGCCUUCAUCAGCAGCUGUGCCAACCCCGUCCUCUACACCUUCGCAGGGAAGUCGUACAUCAAGAAGAACGGCUUGGCUUUCAUGGCUCGGCUCUUUGAGGGCACGUCGCUGGACCAAACAGGAACAAAAAAGAUUAAAGACAAUGUGGGACUCAGUAAUUUGGACUCGAUGUCAACUUUACAAAACGGGAAAUAAUCGAUGAAUGGCUUUUGAGCAUAAAUGCUGCCUCAAAAGUAAAACUAUGUAAAUACAAGUGGAUUAUGCAGAUAUUGGUUUAAGCAACUUUAGCGACACUAAAGCACUCGCUGAGAGCCGUCAACUAUUCUUUUGUAGAUAAAUGUUGAAGUCAGUGUUGCCAGGACAAGACUGUUUGUAUCUGACCUGUAUAUCAGAAGUGUAAAUAUUUUUUUCACAUUUUGUUGGCGAGGAUUUCGCUGCUUUUCAAUUUCCGAACCCCGGUUUACCCUGCCUGUAUACCAGCAAGCUUCUCUAACUUUAAGGCCAUGAAUUGCAUUUACGAGAAAUUGUUAGUCAACAGUAUCUGGGCACAACUUUAAAGAGCUUUAUAAAACCACGUAUGUUUAUUUACUGCUUAUGUUCUACAAGAGAGGAUUAAAAGUCUUGCUUUUUCAGCCAUUUUCAAGGCAAAAGGCACUUUUCCUGUAAAUCAAUACUUAUGGUCUCGUUUAGAAACACAUUAAAUGCAUUUGUAGGAAGAAAAUCUGGGGCCUGACUUAGUGGAAAAUUACAGAAACUGUCACCAUACUUUGAGCGGGGAAGAUCACUUUCUCCUAGACACCUCUGAAAAUAGACUCUGCCACUUCCAGAUUCACACUGCCAUGUAAAAAGCUUUGCACUUAUAUAUAUUUUUUUUUUACAGUCGUCAACUUGUUCUGCUCAUUACUGAAUUGUAAUGUUCGGUUCACUUGUGUAAUGUGCCAUUUUGUCAUGUAAUGUAUAUUGAAUAUCAAGUAUUUUUUUAAAGAAAUGAACUUUUUUAUUGCACUGCAAAUUUAACAUAUCAAUUUUUGUUAUAAAAUAAAACUUUUAACAUACAGACAUUUCUAUCCACACUCCAAUCCACUUGGGUGAUACUGAAAGACUUUCACAUGAAAAUAUUGGGUUUUUUUUUUUACAAUAUUUCCCUCAACUGUUUUCAUUGAUAGGUUGGUAGACUGUUUUUUUAAAUCCUGUUGCCAAUACGGUCAAAUGAACUCUAUUAUAGGAAAAUAAAUUACACAAUACAGA